AAAGUACACGCAGAGGAUGUGACAUCACUAAACUUGCGCUUCCUUAUAUUGGCUGCUGGAUGCUCAGUGGUGCAACAGAGCAUUUGGGUGAUUGUUGUGAAUACACUCUUCAGUAUGACACUGCUUCCAAACUCUUCCCAGGCGUGGCUUUUGGUUGAGCACCGUACAUUAGGCCUGGUCAUCUACAGCUUCAUUUUCAUCAUUGGACUGGUCGUCAACACGACAGCUUUGUGGGUGUUUGUCUUGACCACCAAGAGGCGAAGCUCCGUAAACAUCUACAUGAUAAACGUGGCACUAGUGGACCUCACUUUCAUCCUGAUGCUCCCCUUUCGCAUGGUCUACCUCCAAUGGGACUUCUGGCCCUUCGCCGACUUCUUCUGCCGUGUCUGCGCCACUUUCAAUAUCUUCUACCCAUGUAUCGCUCUGUGGCUUUUUGCUCUGAUCAGCGCCGAUCGCUACACAGCCAUCGUGCACCCCAAGCACAGUAAGGAGCUGAGGAACGUCACCAAGACAGUAGUGGCCUGCCUCGGGGUCUGGCUCAUGACCUUGGCCGGCACCGCAUCCUUGCUCUUCUUAGAUGACGAUCCCGAUGUCAUUGGCAACUUCACCACCUGCCUCAAAACGGUAGAUUUUGUCUACCUGCACCACAACGAUCCGGUCAAUUUCACGCGAAUGGCAUUUUUCUUUCUUUUGCCUAUCUGCGUUAUGAUAGGUUGCUACGUAGUCAUCGUGUACAAACUGCUCUGCGGGAACGCUUCCAAACUCAAACCCAAAGUGAAACGGAAGUCCAUCCGCAUCAUUAUCACGCUAAUCGUGCAGAUUCUGGUGUGUUUUGUGCCGUUUCACGUAUGCUUGUUGCUCCAUUUAGUAGGGCUGGACAAAGAUGAGGCAUUCAGGACGUGGGCCGUGGUUUCUACGUUCCUCAUGAACACGAGCACUGUUUGGGACAUCAUUCUCUACUAUAUUGUCUCCAAGCAGUUCCAGGAUAGGGUUUUUAGUGUGAUCCUGUACCGUAACUACCUGCGAAGCGUCCGCAGAAAGAGCAUGCGCACAGGCAGCAUGCAAUCUAUGAGCAACGUGACGAGCGCCAUGCUUUGAAAUAACAAUGAAAUACCAAAUGUGAAUUUUCAAACAAGUCAGCAAGAUUCAACACAUCUGCUGCACAGAUCUGAGUUUCAAUGAAGACUCUAAAUCACAGGUGUCAAACUCAAGGCCCAGGGGCCAGAUACGGCCCGCCACAUCAUUUUAUUGGGUUUCCCCAAUUUAAAUCAGUGAAUUAUGGGCACAAUUUCCAGUUUGAACCUGAAUUGACAUUUUACUGUAUUUACAUAAUAACUGGUUGUUUCUUUAACAGUUACAGACUGAAACAAUAUAGGAAGUGUUCAGAAACAUUACCUGACUAAAAGCUUGUGUCCGUCAUACAUGAAAUGAUACCUGAUUUUUUUUGUGACACUCUAAUGGUUGUUGUGAUGCAAGCACAAAGUUCAAUACGCUCUGUGGGCUUUCAGUCCACAAAAUGAAAGGUGACCUUUUCAAAAUAAAUAAAUUCAUUUUUCUGGUUUCUUA